AAGCACACACAAGGGGGAAUGUUUCAACAACAUAAGUUGUCCUCCUUGAACUGCCAAUCUACCCUUUGUGAGAGCGGGCCUUUUGUUGGUGGACUGAGAGCCUUGAGGAAACACAAGCAGGCUUCUUGCCCGAGUCGAGUGCUUGUUUCACAUUGGCAGGGGACACGGCCUCGUUCUUUUUCGACUCCUAUCGUGGGACUUUAUGUGAUUCUAGAGCGCCCUACAUUUAACUAGCUGCAGAUAACGCCAAAAAGAUAGCAUCCCUAAGUUCGAUAAAGAGUAGCAUCAGUUAGUAUUAAAGGGCACCAGCAUUUUUUUUAAAGCGGUGCUGAGACAAUAAAACAAAGCCACCAUUGAGAAUCUGUCUGUUGGAAUCGAUCUAGCCACGAGAUACGACAAGUGCUCCAAUUCUGGGGACUCGUGGGAGGUUCAGGUGGACUAGAUUUCUCGGUGACUUCUUUGGAUUUGGACUCCAGUUCUAGAAGGUCAAAAAGUGUGGAGACAACGGGACAUUUGGUGUUUCUGCACAGAUCAAGAAGGUCAAAGAGUGGAGACAAAGAGACUUUUGGUGUUUCUGUACAGACCUACACGGCCGAAAGGUGUGGAGACUUUGAGACAUUUGGCGUUUCUGUACAGAUCUACACGGCCGAAAGGUGUGGAGACAUUGAGACAUUUGGCGUUUCUGUACAGGUAUAGACGGCUGAAAGGUGUGGAGACAUUGAGACAUUUGGAGUUUCUAUAAAGGUUUGAGGACAGAAACCGCUGGCUGUAAGUUAAGGAUUAAAAAUCGAGACUCAGGUUUUGGAUGAAACAAAACAGAAAAAUGUCUACCACUCACCCUGAUACUGAUACCGAACCAAAAGAGAAUAUAGACCUAAAUGAAAACUUGGAAAAAGAAAUCGAAACGAAGUCCACCAGCUCUAAAAAGUUGGAGGUUCAAAUCUCCUUCAGAAGCUUGUUCCUCAACGGUUUUGUGGCUUAUUUCUUUAUAGGGCCCUGCGUUGUGGUGUUUUGGGGCUCCACAUGGACAAUUCUUACCAAAUAUUUCCUCCCCUACGGACCAGUCAUUUCGUAUUUAUCAGUCGCGGCUUUUGGCUACGUCUUAUGCUUCAGCGCAUCUGUGUUCCAAGAAAGACUACAAAACUUUUCCUCCUCGAAAAUUGGAUUUGUACCUCGUCACAUCCUGGUUCGUGUUUACUCCUACGUCAUGUGCGUGGCUUGUGUGAGCGAGUGGUGGGGGUUGUGGGGGAUACUCGACUACGCCAUCGGGAAAGGUAUGUUGGUGCAGGCCUUGACUUGUUCCGGAGCGUCUUUGGUCAUGUUCGUUCUCCGUUGUCACAGCACGACCGUCUCUCCCCCCGUCCUGACCCCCAUGGAUAUACCAACAGACGAGAACUACAGGAUGAGCACGUUCUUUAGUUCGAAACCAGGAGGCGUGGCCUGGUGGCUAGACUCCGCCUUCACAAUAUUUUUCGUCUCCUCAUUGGGUAUUGUUGUGUGGAGAGGCAUGUGGGGCGUGAUUGACAUCCUCUUAGUCCCGGACACGCCCUUUCUCAGCGCCCUCUGGAGUCUGGUCAUUUCCUACGGCCUGGUCAUGAAUCUACUGGCCUUACAGGUGCGAGGCUGCCCCAGAGACGGCGAGCUGACCAGUGGUCAAGGCGUGGUGUUUGACAUGUACUACGUCACUCACCUCAUCGACGCCUACAGGGCCAGGACAACUAAUCAACAUCGACAGGAGAUCAUAAGUCUCAAGCAUCUACCCUUAGACAUGUCCUUAACAGUCAGAAAUCCCAACGAAACCUCAACAAGGGAUGCAGAAUCGGUCAAUCAUUUUGCUGGACAGAAUAACAACGAUGUCACCACAAACGAGAGAGCUGUGCAAGAACAGGCUAACGUAUUCAUGAUACACAGGAACUAGCUGGGUUCCCCUUUCGAUGAACGGACAUAAUCGUCAAGUCAUUUUGGGUUCAGUGCGCACUGCAUGUGAACGGAAGUCUCACUUGUUUACAAUGGCGUCUUAGAAGACAAACUUUCCCACGAUAAAAUCUAAACGAAACUAAGAAAAAGCCUUGAAAAUUAAACCACAGUGAUUUCAGGCUCCUUAAUAGAACUUCUGAGCCACCGUUAAUUUUUUCGAAUUCGAAAGUUAAGUGGUUCGGAAGUUUUGGGCCACCAAAGUGACGAACUUUCAUAAUGUAUAUAAUAUGUAUAGAUAUCUUUUAUAUAUUUGACAACUUGGAAACAAAUUUUGUCACCGUUCCCAUAACAACUACGACAGCUACAGGGUUGAAAGUUGGCAUGCAUCUGUAAAAUGAUUGGUAGGUCCCCAUGAUGGAGCCCGAUAUUUGAUUUAUUCAUUUCCUUAAUUUAGAAAAAUAUAUUUGGCAAAAAGUUA